UACAAAAUGGAUUGGACACUGAGUCAUUCCGAAACCCUCCAAGUCCUCAAGAGCAUGGGUAUCGAGAUCCCGACGGACACCAAGUUAUCGGGCGACGCGCUUGAGAAACGGUUGCGCGAUGCCCUCAAUGCCGCUCAGUACAAGGAUCGUCUGCCAUCCCCGUUUGACUUGCACGGUCUUCCCGCUUGGCCUUUGAAGAGGCCGAACGAAGCCGAUACUAGAGCGCGAUCCCUCUUCGAAGCAGUUCAGCGGGGAAAUAUGCAGGAGGCGCUCCAGGUCUACGAAACAAAGAAAGCAGGGGGGAGCACUGUUCCGACACUAUACGUCGACCCUUUCAUGGAUCUGCGGCAAACCAUGAUGGGUCUUGGGAAAUAUCUGGAUGACGGCCUGAGGUGGUGCGUGCUGCAAGAUCAAGAGAAGGAGCACUGUGCCGUCAAUCUCAGGGUCCUCUCUGUUUUGGAAGUGAAUGAAAGGACCCCCGCGUUUGUUGUAUUGUAUCGAAACUUCGACAAAUCUACCGCGUUGGAGGGAAUCGACUGGAUAGACGAACAAGUAGACACGAAUCCAUCAGAGGUCGGCGAGGUCAUGCUCAACGUCAACGCCACGCCUCUGGAACAACGACUGCUCCUGAGAGUUUUGAAGCUGAACGCGUCUCUGGUCCCAUCUGACUUCAAGGUCGAGCGGCGGCGCACUGAGCAGUCCUUCAAGGUUUCCGUUCUCCUGCCCGUUGGACCUCUCGAGUACGACGCGCUGGCCAGAUUGAAUGUCAACCUGGGAUGCGCGGUUUGCGGCAAGCGAGCCACGAGUCGAUGUGCCGGGUGCCAAUCCAUCGCUUACUGUGGCUCAGAAUGCCAGCGCAGUGAUUGGCCAGACCACAAGAUAACCUGCCGCUCCCUCAAAGGUGGCACCUGGCGCACAAUCCGUCUCCGCUCGUCCAUGCCCGGCCAGGACGGCAAGUGGCUGGGUUUCAUCAACAGGCACACCUCCACCUCGCUCGGCUUCGAGGGCUCCGCUACCCAGCGAAGCAUUCGCAAACUGGACGGGUCCAACCCCCCGCCAAACACGUACGACGACAAGCCGUUCCUCGUGAAAUUCCAGGUUGCGCUUGUGCUCGCGGGACUGCCGGCACACAUGAUGAUGUACGAUCGGAAGCGGACGUUCCAGGCGUUCUUCUACCUCGAGGACGACGCGUGGGUGUAUGCGGAUUUUGUGAGGGAGAUGGAGGGUCCGAGGGGCGGGUAUGGGGGAAUAAAGAUGUAUCGGUGGGCGAAGAGGGUGAGCGAGUGGGAGCUGAGUGUGUGUUUGGACCGAGAGCCGGGAACAGACACGAAGUGGUGAGCGCACGUAGUUGAAUGUUCUUAGUCAUCAGCUCUUGCAGUCAUACUACGUCCCGUCGGAUUCGGUUAGGCCUGUGCCAUGAUGGUGAUACAUCUGGAUUAG